CCAGCUUUUCCACCCCCCAGGAUGAAUCACCUCUGCAUAGUGCCCGCGACACCCGUACCCCCAGUCACAAACGUGCCAGGGGCCUGAUCCGUUCACCCAUCAGGAAGAAGCUCCAGGUCAUCGGGGGAGGGAUUGCCCCCCCUUUCCACACAGAGUCGCACUCCCAGCCCUGCCACUGACUUGCUGUGCAGCCUUGGGCAAGUCCCUUUCCCUCCCCAGGCCUCAGUGUCCAUCUUCUGCAUCAAUGCUGCUGCUCUGCGGCUGGUGGGGGGUGUGGAGAUGUCAUGGGUGUAGUAUCCCCAGCCCAGAUGCACUGGGAUGAGAUUCCUGUAGGCUUGUAGGCUUGUAGGGCAGUGACCCUGGCUGUCCUCCAGCUUGCCUGCUGGGAUCUGGGGGGCUGGCUUUUCACUUGGGUGCUUUGGGGGUGCUCAGCUGGCCCCAUGGGGUCUCUCCUGGUCGGGGAGGCUGCAUGGACCUGUAGCUGCAGGGCUGUUGCUCAGUGUUGGCUGCAGGGCUGGUCCCCGCACGUCACGGCUGGUGAUCAUCGGGAACACACUGCAGUCCCUCCUGUGCCGCUGGGCCCUGGUGCCAGCGCAGCUCCCAGGGAAGGCACUAGGGUAGGGGGCAUUGCAUGCACCUGAGAGCCACUUGGGUUACACCUUGCUGUCCAAACCCCCCUCCCCUCUGCUCUCUGCGCCUUCCAGCCCCCGGCACUAUUUGCAAGGGAAAUGAGGGCAGCUGCAGGGCUGGGCAACCCUCCGGGGGUGGAUGGGACCUGUUGCAGCUGUGGGAGCCCAUGGCUCCUUGCCCCUGCUUGGUGCUGGUGGUUACCUAGGGGGCAGGGGAUUCAGGCUGGCCCUGAGGCUGAAGGAGCAGGGGACAGCGAGAAGUUGUCCCAGACCGAUGUGGGAGGGUGAAACUGCUGCCUCUGGGCAUCGCUGCCGCGUUCGGGUCUGUGCCCCUGCAAGAGGGGAAGUCUGCAUUGCUUUGGCCCAGUCUUGCUGUGCUCUCUCCGGCCCACAUUUUGGUCCCUUUUGGGUGAGAAUGAGUACUCGGGAGACACGGGUCUAGCAUUGAAGGACACUUUGAGGCUGCUGCCUAGGGGAUCUAUGUGCACACUCCCUUCUGAGCCCCGGGGCCUAUUGCAAGCACUUCAUCUGCUUGCUUUGUUUUGCUUUGCCAGGCCAGUCUCAUCCUGUCCCGACACCGUCAGCGUGGUUGGGUCCUUCCUGCAGGGGCUGGGCUCAGAGCCAGUAGAAAGACUCCCCGCAGCUUGGCGAGGAGAUGUUUGGAGAUGGGCUUCCUCUGAUCACUCUUCGGGGGUGCCAUGUCUGGUCCCUCCCCAUUAGCAGAAGUUUGCAAGACCCAGGCUCUUUCCCCCCCAUCCUUGGGCUAUGCUGAAACCUUCCCAUGCCUCUCCAUCCAGCCGUCUCCCCUGCAGACUCGGCCUCUCUUGUCUUGCCUUCUGCCGGCUGCAUGGGGUGGGUUCACUGUCGCGGUUCCCAGCUCUAAGCUCCCUUUUCUCUUGGGCUUAGUCGUGGAGCCCUUGAAGCAGCUCCCCGCACAUCACCCCAGUGCCUUUCAGUCCUGCCUGCAGGGACUCCUGGAAGUGGCAGUAGUAAAUCUGUAGCUUGAAAUACCUGGGCAUGCUCUUGCAUCCUGGUUCGCGUUGCAGCUCCUGGUGCCCCCCUGCAUGUGUCCAUCUCCAUGGGCUCAACCCCACAGGCCCAGCUGCCCCAUGCAAUGCUGGCCUGUCUCUGUGGAGCAGAUGAGAGACAGCUCGACAAACUCACUGCCAGCAAAGCAUGUGAUGGGCUGCCCGACCUGUGCCCACAGCCCCUGCCAGUCUGCACCACCUGGUCUCGCAGCCAGCAAAGCCUCAGCCCCGGCAGAGCCUGCCUGUUCUUGGGCCGAGGGCAUUAGUCGUGUCUAACGUCCCACCACUUCCUUCGGCAGACUGUUCCCGGGCCUACGCCGCCCCCUGCCCGGCUGUUCCUCUUGCUCCGCAGGCCCUUGUCUUCCUUCGUGCUGUGUGUGUCUCCGCCGUAACCCCCUGGACCCCAUCAAACCCCCUCUUCCCACUCGGAGGCCAGCAAUUCCACGUGCUGCUCUGUCCCAGCCCCACGGAGCCAGAUCCGCUGCACCCAAUGCAGCGACCCUCGUAAAGCAGUCCGCGUCCGUCUCCAAACUCCCUGCAGUGCGUUACAUCACUUUGGCACCUUGGGAGCUCAGCCCUGGCAAAGGUCCUGAGCAGUGCUUGGUGACCGCCGGAUGCUGUGUCUCCGUGGUGCAACUCUGUGACGUGGGCUCCCCGAUCUGCCUCUGCUCCACGCUCGCCUCCAGUCUCAAACGGCGCCAAUCCCCCCUCCCAGAUAUGGGUUGUCAGCUCAGACGCGGCAGAGCGCUGCACCGUCCCUGCCCUCCCCGCCGCAGCCCGCAAGCAGGACCUCCUCUCUCUGCCCAAGCUCUGAGUGUCUGCGUCUCUCCAGCUCUUCCCUCCCCGGGUGGGCGGCCGUGUGCCGAGUCCCGUGGCAGGGUGGGAGCAACCGCUCGUGCAGUCAGUCGCUGGACCGGGGCUGUCGUUAGCCUUUCACAAAUGACAUUUCGCAGAGACGGACUGUGCUCAGCUCCCCUGCCGCUGCCCCCAGGUGCUUCCUGAAAUAUCCCACUUAAUUUGGUCCAUUGCAAAAUGCCCGGAGCUCAGCUCCGCGCCAGCUCCUGGGGGCUGUUCAUGUGCGGACUCAGCGUGAGCAUCUUUUCCGAGCACGGAGACUUUGUCGGGGGGGCUAUCACAUGCUUUGCCAGGCUGCCAUGUCCCGUUCACCCAGCAUCUGGCCAUUUCCCUUCCCGACCCCACAUCUGAGCUUUCUGGUGAUGCUGAGACCCACGGGAGAUGGGAUCUAAUCCCAGCCCUGCCACUGACUCCCACUUUAGCCUUGGGCAAGUCACCCCAUUAAUCGUUGCCUCAUUUCCACCACUGUAGAACGGGGUGUUGAGAAGACACGUCCACUUUGCUGCUCAGUCGGGUCACCAGAAAAGCCUAUGCAUGGCUAAUGGCCCUUGCUGGAGUAGGGGAAGUGUCGGGAGGGGACAGGAGGGGAGAACAAUUAAAGCAGACCCCAAAAAUGUGAUUUGAAGAGUCAUCUGAUCAGGGGAGAGAAGCUGCGUGAGCAUCCAGUGCAGACCUCCCCUUCGGCUCCAGCGGAGAUGAUGGAUGCUGAACGUUCACAGUUGCACACGUGAGCACCUAAUAGAUCCUCAAAGAAGUGCACGCUGAUUUCUCUUACACACACACACACGCACAUGCAUGCACUGAUUCCUCUUAUACACACAUGCACACUUUUUACACACACGUCUUCUUUUACACACACGCGUGUGCACACACUGAUUUCUCUUACACACGAGCGCGCACAGACACAGUCUCUCCUAAUUAGACUCCGGUGCCCGGAGCGAGCCUCUCACCAGUUUAGUCAAGGCAGUAAUCAUAUUUGUAAAGGCUGGUGUAGCAGAGAACAAACGGCUGUAACCUGAGGGGGGCCUUCGCACCAGCCGCGAGAAACCAGUUAACUACACGGAGUUAAUUGGCAAUCAAUUGACUCCAGGUACAGAAGUUAUGCACGAGCCAGCUCCUAGCCCUGUGUUUGGAUCAGCCGGGUCCUGGGGCUUAGCCGGUGCUGCGUGUCUCUCUCAUUUAUAUCCUUUACGAGACAUUUGCCUGCGCUCUGUUGUUCGUAUUCUUUAGAUUUCUAUCCCCCGGCCCAGAGAGGCUCAGCGGUGCGGGGAGCAGAAGCAGCCCCAGGGAUGGUCGGGGAGGCAGGUGGCUGACACUUCCAAGCUGGACGUCCCUGGGUUCCCUUCUCUCGUGGGCUCCCGUUGCAAGCCAAGCAGAGCUCUUCCUCUCUCAUUUGCAGGCAUCUCAGAUACUUUGCAGCAGCCAGUCCUACACUAUCUCCGGCAUUCGUCUCCCUCCCUUCCCACUCCUGACCGUGGGCAGGGAAGGGACCUGGGAGCCGAGGACACAUUUCUGUUUCACUUGACAUGCCCGGAUGGCACUUCCCAAGCGUGUAACCACCACGUUUGUUUGCAGUCUUGCUCCCUGUGCAGCACGGAUGUGUGUGCCCUCGCAGCAAAGGAGGAUUUGCUACAGCUCUGGCUGGGCACGUCCUGAAAUUGCAGAGGGUCCUCCUGCUUCAAGCCAGCAGCUUAGUAGUCAGGGCGUUUGCUCGGGACGUGGGAAACAGGCUCGAGGCCCCCUAAUCCAUGUGUGCACCUCUCCCCAACUUCCCAGCACCGGGCUCCAUCCGGCACGCGUCAUCCAGGCCCCUCCUGAAGCCAAGCCAUUGCCCCUUGCACGUAGCAGUCUGGCUGGCAGGGAUGGAGGGCAGUGCAGGGGGGUUUCUAUCCAGGGCUGCAGGUUAAACACCCAGCCCUGCUCUUCCCAGGACAGCAUCCCCCUCCCUGAACCACACACCCUCAGUCUUGUCUUCUUAAACUGGCAGAGGAGAUCCCAGGAUGGUUUUACUGACCUGGCAGGGGAGAGCCCCUUCUUCCCAGCCCUGAGUGACCCAGUGCAGUUGCAAGGUGAAGGCCUGUCCCUUGCACUGCGGGCAGGCUGAGUCUAUAAAUGCCUCCAAGCGCGAGGAUCUCGGCUACACAAUUUAAGGGGAUGGGGGAUUGCUGUCGGGCUCUCCCUCCAGCCUGCUCCUUUGGCCUUUUGGACAAGGGCAAGUGAGACUAGGGGACAUCUGAAUGCCAAGGCCUCUGGGCUGGAGGCUUGCACACAGGAUGCCUGCCAUGGGUUUGGGAGGAUCUGAAGCCGCAGGAGGGUAGCGCCACACAGACUUCAGCAGCUGAGCUCUGCUCCGUCCAGAGAAUUUGGAACCAAUUUGGCUCCGGACAUGAAAUUAAAAAAAAACAACAACAACUCCUGUUGUCUUCUUCCUGGCCUCACAUCCCACUCUUGGCUGCCAGGAGAGCAGCAGAGAGAGGUCUGGAUAAUCCCUACCUGUAGCCUAAUGCUUGAGUAUGGUAAUAGGGGAGCUGGAGAGCUGCAGCCUCCAACCCCUCUGGAUGAGGGGAGCCUUGAACCCAGUAAAGUGCCCUUGCUAGUAGGUCACUGGACUGAAACAUCGGCCAGCCUGCCCCCACCUGCGCUAGCCGUGAGGUUUUUGCCUGGCUACUAGUCAGUGGCUUCACUUGCCCACAUGCACAGGCCAGAGCACAACCUCCCGGGUAGCCGUGCGGGCUCUUAGCAUGGAGCCAUGCGGGUGGAGCUAUGUGGGUAUUCACAUCCACGCUGCACGUGGACUUAGGAUUGCAAACCAUGCAUCAGGGCUAACUGUGGCAGCACGUGACUGGAAACCUGCUGUGCGUGGCACGUCAAGUGACACAGGACUCUGUCCUCUGACACCCAGAUUGCACAGGAAGCAGCUCACCUGCUUCCCCAGCUCCAAGGGGCAGGCCGGGUGGUGAUGGAGGAAGCCUGGCAAGCUGGGGCUCGUAUGGCCCCUACCUCCCUGCUCAGUGGAGACUGUCUGGGAAGGAAUCCAGCUAGGCCUGUUGCAGGCAGUUCAGCGACAGACUUCCAGCUGAGCCCAGGCUACAGGAAUCCACUGGAGCAGGAGCAAGGGCCUGGAUGGGGUGCUAACAACAUAGGAUUACCUGGGGAUGUUCCCUCCCUGGGAGAAGAAGGGGCCUGCUCUGGAGCUAGAGAUGGCAGCCCUGCACUGCAGCCUAAGAGGGGCUGUGGGGAGCUCAGAUCUCACUGAAGCCUGUCUCCCGCUCCCCCCCUGCGGCCUUGACCUUCUGGUUCAAAGCCAUGGAUCUCCAUGCGGUGCAGCUCCCAGAUCAGGCGCCUUCACCUACUUCUCCCCAGGAGCCUUCUGAUGCCCACGGAGGGAUGCAUCCGCGCAGCGCUGCGUCUUGUGUCUAACACAAAACCAUGCCGUUGCCGACCAGGUCUGCAGCAAGCUGCCUCCAAAAAAUCAUUGGAUUUGUCCCAGCUGGGAGCCUGAGUGUUUUGCACGCUGCUGAGGGACGCAGACAGCCAUAUACUUCGGAGCUGGGAGAACAAGGCGAAAGCCAAGGAGCCAGGAUGAGACCCCUGGCCCUACAGCUCCAGAGACAGGAGCAGCUGUCUCAGGCUGACCCCGGGUGGAUCAGCAGUAGCAGAUCUGUGGAGGCUGAGCACCAAAUUGCAGCCAGUGAUUUCCUGGGCCACCCCAAAACAAUAGCUCCUAGGAGGGUGUGAACUGCUCCUAUCCAGGAGGUGACUGAGAUCCAGGGCUCCAGUUUAAAUGGGAACAUUUUUAACUGCAUCGGUGCAGGAAGUCCUGGGCAGGCUACAGCCACAGCACCUGUACUCCUACCCCAGUGCCUCGGGCCACUGCUCCGGUGGGCUCUGACCUUCUCUGCUUGUCCUUACAACCGUGUGCCAUGCAGAUCAAGCAAAGUAAGGCGUAGCGGCUGUGUCCCUCCCCAGAGGUUGCUGCAUUUCGGUAUGAGGUGAAAUGAGGUUUGUUUCUACCUGCGCGGAGGCCGCCCACAGGGGAUGGCAGCGAGGGUGAGUGACACUAUGAUUAAUUGCUUAUAUUGAUGACACGUAACCAUGGCGAUGCACACGAGCUCUGGCUUUGUUCUACACCCCGAGAGCUGACAUUUGUCAGGAAAGGCUGCCUCACCUUCCUGCACUCCUGUGAUACGUGUCGACUUUGCACUGGGAGCCACAAUAGUCAUCCCUCCCGCCUUCUGAUUGCUUUAAUUACCUCUAGCUGGCUAAUAGCCACACUGCCAGCUGCAUUCCUUUAAGAGCCAAGGUCUGCAGGGGGCUAGGCAGGUGCCGUUGUCUCCGAUGGCUAUUCUUGCUCCGGAUCACUUUUACUGUGCCCUUGACCUACCUAGUACAGGAGAGUCCUUGCUGCAGCCCAUGCACGAUGCCCUAGGAUAUGCUUGUGCCCAGGCACAGGGGUCGUGGGAGCUGGGCAGGGUAGAGCAUGGCGGGCUGUGAUGGACGUGAAAAGGAUUCAGCAUUGAGGCUGCCACAUACGCUGGCACCCUGGAGUGGGCCGGCAGGACCCAUGCUGCCCCGUGUCACGUGGGGUCCCCUUAGCCUGCUGGCCACGUCCUAGUGCAGCUGGAGGGGCUCCUGCUCCCGCCGCAGCCAGUGUUUGCACCAGCAGCCUCGAAGUGAAAGGGAGGCUUGUUUUGGGACCUUUGCUUCCAGGCUGCCAAGUCUCGAGCCAACGCCAACAUCAACUGAGCGAAGCUCCCUUGGCGAAGCACAGCACUGAUGGAGCCUGGGCUGAGGCUGUGCCGCCAGCCCGGGAGCAGAGGAGAAAGGUAGCCAGUGUGGCUUUAGCCCUCCGUGGCCUGUUCGUCCCCCUGGCUCCUUGCCUAGGCACUGACAAAAGGGAGGGGACAUGGUCUUGGAGGAGAGGGGCAGCAGGAGCUAUUGAGCAGGACAGCAAGGGCUGUGGCCUCUGCAUCACGGCUUCCUAGAUCUUGAACACUGGAGGCUGCAGGGGGGAAAAGAACAAGCGGGGGGUGGAAACCCAGGUGAAACCCAGCUCGCUCUUCCUCUCGCCUCCACUCUCUGCUGCUACAGGAUACAAGAGCAAGGUAUUCAUCUUCCUGUCCUCUGCCACCCCCAGGUCCUUUUGUGCAGAGCUGCGGCUUAGCUGCACUGGGGACCCAUGGGCUGGGCAGCAGCUCGGCAGAAAAAGACCUGGGGGACGGGACAAGAAGAUGAACAGGAGCCAGCAGUGUGCCCUUGGUGCCGGGAAGGCUACCGGCAUACUGAGUUGCACAGGAGCAUUUGCCAGUAGGUCGAGGGAUCAAUUCUUCCCCUCUAUUCAGCACUGGGGAGGCCACAUCUGGAGUCCUGUUUCCAGCUGUGCGCCCCACUGCAGAAAGGAUGUGGACACGUUGGAGAGAGUCCAGUGGAGGGCAACGAAAAUGGUUCAGGGCCUGGGGGACAGGACUGAUGAAGAAGGGUGAAGGGAACUGGGCUUAUUUAGUCUGGAGAAGAGAAGACUAAGUGGGGAUUGAAUAGCAGCCUUCACCUCCCUGCAGGGGGGCUGCACAGAGGCUGGCGCUGGGCUGUUCUCCGUGGGGCAGGUGACGGGACAAGGAGCAAUGGGCUCAGGCUGCAGCAAGGGAAGUUGAGGGUAGCGGCGGUGGAGUCUCGGCCCCGGGAGGUUUCUACCCCGGGUCCCAGCAUUGCCUGAGCCCCGGCCCUGCUGCGCGGGUGAGCUGCGGCUGCAAGGGCUGUGCCGGCCCGGGGACGCGGAGCCGAGGAGCGGGCAGGGCCAGGCGGCUCCUCCCCGCCGCUGCCGCCUCCUCCUCCUCCUCCUCCUGCCCCGGGCCGGGCCGGGCCGGGCCGGGCCGGGCCGGGCGCUGUGCUGCGGAGCGGAGCAUGGCCGGGCGCCGGGACAGCGCGGCCGGGGACGGCUGGACCAACACCGAAUUGUUUGAAAUGAUUGAAAAGAUGCAGGGAAGCAGAAUGGACGAGCAGCGAUGCACCUUCCCUCCUCCUCUCAAGACAGAAGAGGAUUACAUCCCCUACCCCAGCGUCCACGAGGUGCUGGGCCGGGAAGGGCCGUUCCCCCUCAUCCUGCUGCCGCAGUUUGGGGGCUACUGGAUCGAAGGCACCAACCACGAGCUGGCCAGCGUCCCCGAAACCGAGCAGCUGCAGUCUCCCACCUCCAAGGUCAAGCUGGAGUGUAACCACACGGCCAGGAUCUACAGGAAGCACUUUCUGGGCAAGGAGCACUUCAACUACUACUCCAUGGACGUGGCGCUGGGGCACCUCGUCUUCUCGCUCAAGUACGACGUCAUCGGUGACCAGGAGCAUCUGCGCCUGCUGCUGCGGACGAAAAGCCGCACGUACCACGACGUCAUCCCCAUCUCCUGCCUCACCGAGUUCCCCAACGUCGUGCAGAUGGCCAAGCUGGUGUGCGAGGACGUGAAUGUGGACCGCUUCUACCCCGUGCUGUACCCAAAGGCCUCCCGCCUCAUCGUCUCCUUCGACGAGCACGUCAUCAGCAAUAACUUCAAGUUCGGUGUCAUCUACCAGAAGCUGGGCCAGACGUCGGAGGAGGAGCUGUUCAGCACCAACGAGGAGAGCCCGGCCUUCGUGGAGUUCCUCGAGUUCCUGGGCCAGAAGGUGAAGCUGCAGGAUUUCAAGGGGUUCCGGGGCGGGCUAGACGUGACCCACGGGCAGACGGGGACCGAGUCCGUCUACUGCAAUUUCCGCAACAAGGAGAUCAUGUUCCACGUGUCCACCAAGCUGCCCUACACCGAGGGGGACGCCCAGCAGUUGCAGAGGAAGAGGCACAUAGGCAACGACAUCGUGGCCAUCGUCUUCCAGGACGAGAACACGCCAUUCGUGCCGGACAUGAUCGCCUCCAACUUCCUGCACGCCUACAUCGUGGUGCAGGUGGAGAGCCCCUGCUCCGACAACACCCUCUACAAGGUCUCCGUCACAGCCCGGGACGACGUGCCUUUCUUCGGCCCCCCGCUGCCCGACCCAGCCAUCUUCAGAAAGGGCACCGAUUUCCAGGAGUUCCUGCUCACCAAGCUGAUCAACGCGGAGUAUGCCUGCUACAAAGCUGAGAAGUUCGCCAAGCUGGAGGAGCGCACGCGGGCGGCGCUGCUGGAGACGCUGUACGAGGAGCUGCACAUCAACAGCCAGUCCAUGAUGGGCCUGGGCGGGGACGAGGACAAGAUGGAGAACGGCGGCGGGGGCGGCGGGGGCUUCUUCGAGUCCUUCAAGCGCGUGAUCCGCAGCCGCAGCCAGUCCAUGGAUGCCGUGGGGCUCAGCAGCAAGAGGCAGAACACGGUCUCCACCAGCCACAGCGGCAGCUUCGGCCACAACAACCCCGACGUCGCCAAAGCCACCGGCAUCUCGCUGAUUGUUCCCGGGAAGAGCCCUACGCGGAAGAAAUCGGGGCCCUUCAGCUCCCGGAGAAGCAGCGCCAUCGGCAUUGAGAACAUCCAGGAGGUGCAGGAGAAGAGGGAGAGCCCGACAGGGACCCAGAAGACCCCAGACAGCGGCCACGUCUCCCAGGAGCCUAAAUCGGAGGACUCGUCUAACCAGAGCUCUCCGGAGAUGCCCACCACCAAGAACAGGGUGGAGGCCCUCGCCCAAAAGUCCGACGCGCUGCGGGAUUUCUCCCGCUCCUCGUCCAGCGCCAGCAGCUUCGGCAGCGUGGUGGAGGAGAACGAGGGCGGCAACGACGACGACACUGGCAUGGAAAGCCAGUCCUCCUCGGGGACCCCGCACAAGCGAGACUCCUUCAUCUACAGCACCUGGCUGGAUGACAGCCUCAGCACCGCCAGCGGGGGCAGCUCUCCAGGCCCCUCUCGGUCUCCUCAGCCAGACGCCAGAAAAUCUGGGGACCCGGCUUGUCCAGAGAUCAAAAUCGAGCUGGAGAGAUCGGAGCGGCACACACCCCACCUGAGCUGCUAGCCCUCCCUCCCCGGCCUCCGUGGAUGCGCGCUCCUGCCAGCACCCACAGAAGAAGCACAAGCUGAAGGACUUGCGGAGGGUCCCGCUCUUUGUCACGGCAGACAGCCCCUGCCCCAUCGCCAAAGCCAGCCUGCCGAAGCCUGCGUCCUAGACGGCUAGACCCACGCUCCCGCCUGCCUUCCCACUUCCAGGCUGGGCAGCAGUUUCCCUGCGGCGCGGAGAGCCCGGGAGCAGCGACGACAUGCGAGAGGGACCCGCCACCGCUCUCCUGCUCCCAAAGCUGCUGCGAGACCUUAGAAGCGGGUGGCAAAGACCCCGCUCCUCUCCUCCCCCACGACGCCCACCCAUCGUGCUCCCGACCCUGUCCCCAGCCCCCCACCGGGUCCGAUCGCUGCACGUUGCCGACGGGACUUGCAAACGAAGCCGGACACAUCUCGCACCUCCAGCUCUCACCUGCUGAACCGUGAUGUGCCCUGCGGAGCUCUGGCCCGGCCAGUCCUCGGAGGAGCCCCACCAGCAAGGAAGCCACAUGCACCCAGGUGCCCACGACCACCAGGUGAUGCAGGACGGUAGAGCUGGGACUCAUCCAUGGCAGGACAAUCCCCCCCGGGCAGCUAGAUCCAGCCUCCUCUAGGCACCACCUCCUCUGGGUGAGCUCUGCUCCCAUCCCAGCCUCGGGCUAGCCGACGGCAGGUCUGGCUGGUCUCCUCUUGAGGUUCUUGCCAGGGCAUUUCACCCCAGCCCCUUGCCAUACCCGUGUCCUGCCCAGAGAGCUCGCAGCCUGCAGGGGCAAAGGGAUCGGCCUAGGGGAAAGGUGCUGUGCGGCAGCUUGGGUGAAGCAGACCUACCCAGUCCCAUAGGCAGGGACACAGCAGCAUCCAGGACUUCCCAUGACCCUCUGUAGCCUUGAAACGCCCCGCAGAGCUGGGGCCAGUUUGCAAGGCUCGGAAAAAGGGGGUGUCAGGUAGAUGCUCCCUCCCCGCUUGGCCCGAGCCCCCAGCUCCUCCCCGUGGCUGCGCAGGCAGGGCAAGGCUGGCCCCGAUCCCUGGAAGGCCGUUUACAGAGGCUAUCGCGGCAGCUGAUGCUCUGGGGGUUGGGCUGCGGUAAGCAAGACCCCAUUCACCAGUUUCCCCCAGCAGAGCCCACACCACCCAGUCUCAUCUUGUCAAACAAGGCCCCAAAGUCACGAGCCCAGCAGCAAGUGGGGGGGCUUUUGCCCCUGUCACAAGGGUCCCUGCACCCCAGAGAGACCCAGACUGCUCUAAUCCAGCGCCCGCCGCCCAAGGGAGUGACCCCAACCCAGGGGUCCCCAGAAGCCAGGGAGUGGAGGGCACUGGGGCCACAGGGCUCAUGCCACCCUUUAGGGAAGGCAUCUCCAGCUGCAGACAUGGGCGCAUCCCCCAGAUAUAGGACCAAAGGGGUGAAACGGGUGGGGUGAGGUAGCCAGGGACAGGAGUGGGGGCAACACCUAGUGCAGAGGAUCCCCGUGAGCUCCGGUUGGGAAAGGAAGGACCACUGCAGCGUGUUCACGCGCCCCCAGCUCUGGGCAGGCGUGGCACAAACACCCCGGCCGGGGGGUGGGGGGCAGACACAUUUAUCCCAAAGAGCCGCUGUGCAUUGACGAGACAAUCCUGACGAGACCUGCCAGAGCCAUAGGACUUAACCCCUGCAAGCCCAGCAGCCACGCAACCUCCCUCCAGCUGCCCAUCCAGCUGCCCUGCACCAAACCAGACAUGCAGCGUGUAGCAAAGCUGCCAGUCCACCCAGCCCUGGCACCGGCGAGACACUGAGCAGAGUUAUUUGAUGCAGGGUUUUCGGUGAGGGCCGUUGCUGCUUUCCCUCCUCUCUCCCCCCUGCAAAGUCUUCUUGCACAACUUCUGUUUUAAUGAAGGAUCAAACCAACCCCGACGUUUCCAGCUUUUCCAGAACUGGGUUUUGCAACAAACAGGCUGAGUUUGUCACCAGAAAACAAACCCAUUUCUGUCUGUCAGCCAAACCUGGAGAGCUGGCUUCCCCCAGCCUGGCAAGGGGCAUUAAAGGGCCUCCCAGGAGGUUGCUGGGGGAAGAUCUUGAUCCCAAAGGGCAUUUCCCACCAAGAAAAUGCUGCUGGUAAAGCCAUUUGGUGGCUGUUGCAUUAGCAUUUGUUUUAAAGCCACUGCCCAGGGGCUCCUUGGCACCACACUGGGUGCCCCCAUGGAUAAGGCCAUAGCCCUCCCAAUGCACUACAGAGCAGGGCCUCGUUCUCCGGUACAUCAUGGAUUCAGAGGGUGGCCUGCUGCUGAGAGCACCCUGGGAGCCUGCUAGCAGCUAAAGCAGGAUUACAUGAAUAUAUAGCCACGGGUACGAUUAAAUUUGGGGCUUUGUGUCGCAUAAUUGUAAAAAACAAACAAACCCCACCCACCCAUUCUCAAGGCUCCCCUCUGCCGGCAGGAAGGUACGGCUCCAUGACAUGUAAGUAACUUUUCAACUGCCUACUGUAUGUGUAAUACAUCCCGCGAGCGUCUGGGAUUCCUCCACGUCUGUGUUGUACUCAUAUUUUUUUUGAAGGCACAACAUACGUUGAGUCAGAUCCUAACUUAAUGUUUGGACACUCGGGUUUUUUUCCCACCCUUUCUUUUUUUCUUUUUUUAAAUCCGAGAUGGUGUUUGUGUAUCCAGUGACUGAUGUAUAAAAUAAAGUUCUAUUUAUCGCUAUUGUAAGAAGAUUCUAUUUGUAAAAAUGCUUUUUAAGAUAUACAGGCUCAAAAAAGGAAUAAACUGGAAAACCUG